CUGCGUCGCGAGUUACGGACUCGAUCCCGCCCAUUAUUUCACGCUGCCGGGUUUCACGUGGGAUGCCAUGCUGAAACACACGCGUGUAAAUUUCGAACUGCUCACCGAUAUCGAUAUCGUCUUGUUUAUCGAGCGCGGUAUACGCGGUGGCCUCAGUCAAUGUUCCAACAGAUACGCGCGAGCCAACAAUAAAUACAUGUCUUCGUACGACCCGUCGAAACCGUCGUCGUACCUAAUGUACUACGACGUGAACAAUUUGUACGGCUGGGCGAUGUGUCAGCCGUUGCCCUACGCCGACUUUCGAUGGGUCGACGACGUCGAGAACUUUGACUGGAGCGCGAUCGCUUCGGAUUCGCCCACGGGAUAUAUUCUAGAGGUCGAUCUGGAGUAUCCUCAAUAUCUACACGACCGGCACACUGACCUGCCUUUCUGCCCGCGCGAUAAGCCUGGCACGUGA